AUGUGGGCACCAGACGAAUUCCCGUGCGCCUUGCCCGAGAUUGGCUUGCCAGAGGAGGUGUCUUUGUCGUCAGCGGCAGAGUGGCUGUCUCUCGAGCUAGGAAAGUUAUCAGAGGCCUCUUUUACCAAGGAUGCUAUCUGGAGAGACUCCUUUGCAUUGACAGGUACCCUCCGCACUUUUUACACCUCAAAAUCAGCUAUAGCGGCUUGGAGAGAUACAGCUGGCGUCCUUGGGGCAAAUUCCUUCGAAGCAAACUCUACGACCGCAAAAGUCACCCGCCUUGGCAAAAAUACCGCAUGGGUAGAUGUUCAUUUUACUUUUGAGACAGAAAAGUCUCCAUCUUUGUCUUGCAGCGGAUAUGCAUCUUUGAUUUAUACAAAGGAAGGGGAGUGGAAAAUCUGGGUGCUGCGGACAACCCUCGAACAACUGAAAGGCCAUGGUAAUGUUGACUUGUUGGAGGAGACGCGGGUGAAUGAAUCCCCAAAGAAUCAUCCAACUUCCUCGAAUGGUUUCUUGCAUUUUGACUGUGUGGUUGUUGGCGGUGGACAAGCAGGGCUAAGCUGCGGUGGGCGAUUGAAGGCUUUGUCGGUAUCCUACGUUGUUCUGGACAAGAAUGAUCAGGUGGGCGACAGCUGGAAGACAAGAUAUGAUUCUGUGAAGCCUCAUUUGCCAUUUUACCGGACAUUCCCGGGGACCUAUCGCGAAUUCUUGACGAAAGAUGACUUGGCUCAAGGUUACAAAGAGUGGGUGGAUAGGCUUGGAAUACGUUUCAGACUGUCUGGCAAAAGUCUACGCUUAUUUCAGGUGCAUGGAAUGAAACCGAAGAGAUCUGGGAAUUGA